UUUUGAUUGGCUGGAUUUGAAAAUGUUGGAAUCUAUUGUUUCAGUUCUGCCGUGUGAAUGGUUUUCAUUUUCUUGGUGGCGCGGGUUUCAGUUGACACACUGUAAUUCUGAAUUAAGUGUAACACAAGUGUGAUGUACAUGUAUGAGUCCACAGUUGCAUAUCUGCUGCACUUAAUUGAAUUGAAUUCAACACGGCAGAAGUGUGACAUAUGUACAAGGCCUUUCAGUAAAGCAUGAUACAUUACUUAAUUAAACUUGAAUAAAUUCUCUCAAAAAAUAUUUUUGCUUCUGAAUGCCAAAUUUAUUGGCAUUCAAAAGUAUUGUGAUGGGUGCGAAUUCAGUCACUUGAUCACUUCCUGUUAACACUUAGGCAUGCUUGGAAUGUAGAUUUGUUCUCUACGAUACUGUAGAGGUUUACAUGGUGUUACUAGUAAACAAUUUCAGGGAGUUUUGACCUCAUUGUUUUUCAAGGUUUUUGACUGGCUUUGUUGAAAAUGUUGGCUAUCAAACAUACACUUUAGGUGAAAUCUGCAGGCAAUAAGAAGUUUUGAAGCAAAUUGAUGUCUAUUUUCUAUAUUAGCAGGGUAGGAUCAAACUUCGUGACUGGUCUAAAUUGAGUGACUCUUAACAGAUAUAUCACUGUUGCACUUCUAAACAACUCAGUUCCUUAAUAAACAUCCAGAAUGCAGAUAUCAUUUUAAAACUAGUGAGGCAAUCUCAGAUAGUGCAGAGUGUAAUCCAGUGCUGUCAUUAAGCUGAAUCAUCUGCUGUCUGGAUCUUCCCACCCUUAAUAAACUUGUUGGUUUGUGGGUGAAUUGUGUUGACUACCAGGAAGUGCAGCCACAAAAUUAAGACCCAUCAAGCAUGCUCAGCAAUAAGAGGUGUUAUGGGUUAUGGGCCUUAAUGACAGCCCAGUAAUGUACAGCAGUUAAACCAGUCAUUUACAUAGGUGACGUGUGUUCCCUUAGACAGCUUGGGUCUUGCCCUCAACAAAUGUGGGUGGAUACUGUAGAAACCUUGAUUAAUAGUCAUUCCUGUAAUGUUAUUAUUUUGAGUGUGAACACUCAACAGAGAAAAAUAAUUUGACAUCACUUGCAUGUAUUUCAAACUUGUAUUUUUUACUCCAAUGUUUUAAUGGAUAACAGCAAACUUUUACAACACCUGUGAUGGACAAUCGCCAUGCUUUCAUGGAUAACUAUGUAAAUUACCUUAGGGCUAUCCCAGUGUUCUCACAGGCCACGCUAUUGGCAGUCCCUGCCAACUGCAAUACUACCUGUUGUUUACAAAUGACAGUUGACCAUCAUUUCCGGUGACAGUUCUUGAAUUGUGGGCCACAUCACAAAAUUAUCUCAAAUAAAUCAGUAUGGCUGACUAGUCUAGGCAGACCCAAGUUCAACUCCUUGGUAAAGCUUGUAAAUAGCCAUCAGUUUUGCCUCAUGACAGUUGUUGUUUUUUUCAUUAUUUUGUUUCUGACAUUGAUUUACUCAGCCCACUAGCCUUAAUGCUUUAUAGACUGACUGAGGGUAAAUAAAGGUCAUUCAUUUAUUUUAACUACAAUAUGACAGUAAAUAGUUUAAAUGAUCAGUUAUGUCUGUCCUUUUGAUUUCCAUUUUGUGUAGCACAUACUGUUUUUGAAUAACUUCUUGGGUGUUUUUUCUGCCAAGUGAAGACCACCCAAGUGACUCUCCAUGCUUACAGAUGGACAUGUAUAUUCAGAGUACCAUUUGUGGUCAUUCUUGCUUUGAGACAAAGCAGAUGAUUGCAAGUUUUGAAGUGACUUCCAUAUUGUUGUGAAAUCCCUCUUUAGAGGAAAUGUGCACCAUGCUCAGUGAUUUCGAGAAGCUGUCUUUAGCAACAUAUUUAGAGUAACAUCCAUUGUUGUUGGAAACAAGCCGAGCUUGUGCAUACCAUGACAAUUUGUGUGUGGAUCACGCAUGUAUGAAACUACAAGUAAAAGCUUAAAUGUGCGUUUAUACUGUUUUUCGUAGUAUCUUGAAUAAUAAGGUACAGUAUAAUGAAGAGUUGUAUCCACAGUGCUUUCAGUGUCUUGACAAUACAUGAAGAGUCCACUGAGAGUAUUUGCUGUGGCAAUCAUAAACAUUCCAAGAUACAAUGUAAUUCAUGCAAACAGCAGUCUACAAAAUAAUGUAUAAGAACAAAAAAAUCAAAACAUUAUUUCUAGUUUACAUUGGGAAAAUAUACUUUGCCGCUCUAAUACAUACUUUAAAUUAAAUUCAAAUAAUUGCCCAACACCCCACCCUCCUCAAAAAAUAAUAUAUGACUAACUUGGAUUCAACUCUGUUGGCUUGCCUGUUGACAUCAGGUAGUGACCCGUCACUACCCCACCACAGGACACAUUGAUCUCCCUCAGGUUAAGAGUGAGGUCACUUUCCAUUUUCUUUGUCUUCACUAAGAAACAAUCCAUUUUAAUUGCUACAUCAUAAUUUUCCUCCUCUACAACCUUUACUGUUCUUAUGUCUAUUUGUAAAUUACAUGGGUAUACAUGUUGUCAGUGCUAUUAAAUAUCAAACCAACCGUAAUAUGCAAUAAUACUUACAAGUGCUCAAGCUAAAUUAACAAAACAAAUGUUAUAGCCAACAAAUGAUAUAAUCAUUCCUUAUCUCCACAAAAUAACCAACAGUAGAAAACAAUGUGCUCUAGCUGGUUAUGUUUAGGCAAAUGAAAAUGGGCUUAUGGUCACUUUGAUAUGACUCUACGUGUUGUGGAAUAUUAGUGUAUAUGUGGUCUAUCUGAGUUUUACAAUCUGUUGUGUACUGUUUUAUCAGCUGAGUGUAACCUUUUUGCUUGAUCAUAUAUUCCACAGGAGCUUUAAUUCAGAGGCGACUUGCAUAAAAUUGACAUUAGUCUCCAAGUCUCAUAAAAUUAUGACUGGAGUCUGUGGCUCACUAAGAAUAGUCCGAUGUUCAAGUUCGGAAGAUUCUCACAUGACAACUGAAACUGACAAUGUUUGUGACCUUGUGGUAUCAUGUUCAUCUGCAAGUUCAAGAAAGAAGAAAAGAGACCAUGGAAUAGCUAAUGAUGUAGGCUCUCACAGAGGGGAAAUGUCCAGUCACAAUAAUAACAUGUCUGACGAGGAAAAACAGAAAGGAAAAACUGUCUCUGAGAAGGAGGUAUUACAUAAAACGGUUGGAGAAAGAGGACAAAGGAAAAAGAAAAUUGCAUCAAAAGAAAAGGCCUUACAGGCAGUUGAUAAAUGGGUAGAGUUAACAGAUUCAAAAAGUGACGAGGAACAAAAUAGAAGGACAAAUAGUAAGUCUGGGAAUAAAAGAUCAUGGAAAAUUAAUGAUGACACAGAGGUGGAUGAUUGCAAAGGAAAUGAGGAAGCACUAGGGAGAAACAAUGGGUCCAAGAAAAUUACAGCACAGAAAAUGGAAGACAAUGCAGAUUCUAAUGAUUCUCACAGAGAAGAGGAAGUUCUGAGGAAAACGAAUACAUCUGAGGAGAAAAGAUCACACAAAGUUGAUGAAUAUGAAUUGUCUGGUGUUUCUAACAGUGAAGAUCAGUUAAAUAAAGAACAAGAUCAGGGGAAUGCAUCGCACCAUGAUAACUCUAAUGUGCAUAGGAAUGAGGAUAACACCCAAAAGACAAGACUCACAAAGAUGUCAAAGGUACAAUAAAUUAAUGCUAGGUUAUCAUAAGUACCGCUUUUGACAUACGAGUGGCAACUUGACAGUUAGCACACAUGAUUCCAGAUCUUGUGGUCUAGGUUCAAGCCUUGGACAAAGUAUUCUUGUGAUCUUGGCGUAAACACUUUCCUCUCACAGAACCUCUCCACCUACAGUGCAGGUGUAUAAAUGUACAUGGGUGGUAACAGAUUUAAUGAUGGGGCAGUGAAAAUCCUGCAGUUGAUCCAGGCCAAGUGGGGUGGGGAGUAGAAUUACUCCUAGUAGCAUAAUGCUACAGAGGCCGGAAUAAACUCUUGUAGUGUUGGUCACUCAGCUUGAUAGAAAUCAACAGUUGAGAGUAGGUUAACGUAAAGUCUAGUCUGUCCACAGACGUUUUUUUUCUUCUGCGAGUU